AUGUCUCGUGGCGGCGGCUACGGGGAGAUGGGGCAGAAGAUCGACUAUGUGUUCAAGGUGGUGCUCAUCGGCGACUCCGCCGUCGGCAAGUCGCAGCUGCUGGCGCGGUUCGCGCGCAACGAGUUCAGCCUCGACUCCAAGGCCACCAUCGGCGUCGAGUUCCAGACCAAGACCCUCCAGAUCGACAACCGCACCGUCAAGGCCCAGAUCUGGGACACCGCGGGACAAGAGAGGUACCGAGCAGUAACAAGUGCCUAUUACAGAGGUGCAGUAGGAGCUAUGCUAGUGUAUGACAUGACCAAGCGCCAGUCCUUUGAUCAUAUGGCACGGUGGCUCGAGGAAUUGCGAAGCCAUGCUGACAAGAACAUUGUUAUCAUGCUCAUCGGGAACAAAUCGGACCUGGGCACCCUCCGGGCUGUCCCAACAGAGGACGCCAAGGAGUUCGCCGAGCGUGAGAGCCUUUUCUUCAUGGAGACGUCCGCUCUUGAGGCUACCAACGUGGAGAAGGCCUUCAUGACCGGCCUCGAAGAGAUAUACCGCACCGUCAGCAAGAAAAACCUUGUCGCCAACGACGAGGCUAACUCCGGUGGGAACUCGAGCUUGCUGAAAGGAACGAAAGUUAUCAUCCCUGGCCAGGAGCCGGCCCCUCCGGCCAAGGCAGCAUGUUGUAUGUCCUCCUAG